GAGAGGAUCCUGAGUUCAGUGUCAGAGUAGGGCACUGAGUCUCCCCGGGGGAGCAGCCCCCCAGCAUGGCAAGCGUGGUCGUGAAGACCAUCUGGCAGUCCAAGGAGUUCCAUCAGGCUGGGGACACCCCUGCCAGGGUCGAGAGGAGGCUCCAGCUGGGCCCUGAGGCUCCGGGGGGCAUGACCGGCCCAGCCAAGGGGAUCACGAAGAAAAAGAAGGCCGUGUCAUUCCAUGGGGAGACCAGUGAAGGCAGAAGAAAGCAGGAAGCGGGGAUUGAAGAGGCAGAAGAAAGCAGGCCGCAGGGGCUGAGGCGAGCGGGCCUCGGGGAAGGCGAGAAUGAAGAAAGCGGGCGCGUGGAGCCGCGGAUACCGCAUGAGCCCGUGCACUGGUGUCUCAACCUCAGACGGUCCUCGGGCUGCACCAACGUGUCCCUGCUCAACCUGGCCGCCGCCGUGGAGCCCUCGGACUCCUCGGUCACUGACUCCAUCUCGGAAGACAGCAGCCGGCUGGCGCUGCCCGGGCCCCUCAAUGCCCCGGUCUCGCCCUGGGCUGUGGAAGACCCGGACAUCAAGGAACUUCUGAGUGGGGUCAACACUGGAUUAGUCCAUGCCAAAGAUUCUAUCAUCAGCUUGAAGGAAAAGACCAGCCGGGUAAACCAGCACGUGCAGACCCUGCAGAGCGAGUGUUCCCUGCUGAGUGAGAAUCUGGAGAGAAGGCGGCAGGAAGCGGAGGAGCUGGAAGGGUACUGCAGCCAGCUCAAGGAGAACUGCAAGAAGGUGACCCGCUCGGUGGAAGAUGCUGAAAUCAAAACGAACGUCUUGAAGCAGAACUCGGCCCUGCUGGAGGAAAAGUUGCGAUACCUCCAGCUGCAACUACAGGACGAGACGCCGCGGAGGCAGGAGGUGGAGAUGCAGGCGCUGGAGCUGAAGCUGGAGGCCGGCCUCUCCCGCUCGGGCCUUCGGGGGAGUCCGGAAGAGGCCUCGAGACUGCGUGGCAUGGCCCCCAGCGGCUGCGGAUCGGGGCCCCAGGCGGGGGAGGCACCCCACCUGUGCCAGCAGGAGCUGCAGAAGGUCUCGGCUGGCCUGGAGGAGCUGAGGAGAGAGGUGUCCUCGCUGACCGCACGGUGGCAUCAAGAGGAAGGAGCGAUGCAGGAAGCCCUGCGGCUGCUCGGAGGCCUGGGCGGCAGGAUCGACGGCUUCCUGGGUCAGUGGGAGCGCGCGCAGUGCGACCAGGAGCAGACUGCAAGGAACCUGCAGGAGCUGCGUGGCCGGGCAGACCAGCUAUGCUCCUUGGUGGAGCGGUCAGCGGUGUCUCUGGCUUCCCUAAGGAGCGAACUGGAGGGGCUGGGCCCAGUCAAACCCAUUCUGGAAGAGCUGGCACGGCAGUUUCAGAACUCUCAAAGGGGUCUUGACCACUCCAUCAACCUUGAUCGAUCCCCUCAAGGCUCCUGUGGGCGCUGUGCCAGCCAAGGGCAGCAGUUGUCCACAGAGGCCCUGCAGCAUCUACUUGAGCGAGCACUGACCCCACUAGUGGAUGAGGUGAAGCAGAGAAGCCUGACUCCUCCUGCCUGUCCCAGCUGCCAGAGGCUACACAAAAAGAUUCUGACCUUCAGAGAAACAGUGCAUUAUUAUGGGAUCAUUGAGCCUCAACAGAAGAUUCAGUCCUAGGAGGCUCUUGGAUUAUGAGAAAUGGACAGAGUGGCCAGCUCCUCCUAUGGCAUUGUACAACAGACCAAAGCCCAGUGGCUGCUGCACUGUGGGACAUGGAGAUGCAAUGUAUUCUGGGAUGUCCGCCUAAGAGAUGCUGGGAUAUAUGUGGUGGGUGAGACAGACAAGAUAGCAUGGAACAUUGAUAUGGCUAAAUGAGGAGCUGAAUACAGGACCUGGUAUAUUGUGGGAUACAAAGAGGGCAUUAAGGAUAGUUCUGUGAGAGAUGCUGGUCUCAGACAAGGCAAUGUGUGGCAUCAUGAAUAAUAGGCACAGAGAUGAUAUAUAGAUAACAUAUAGGAUAGCACAAGAGGACAAUAUUUUAGAAAUAAUUUUUUGCUUGCUGGGGUAGACACAGUAUUAGUGCAUGAUGGAAUUUGGAAGGCCAUUGCAUUAUGAGAGGCCAGGGUCAGACCCAGAUGCAAGGCAUGAUGAAAAACUGGGGCAGGAUACAGGCCCAUGGAACCCUGCCCCUUGCCCACCACGACCCAGCUCCCCCUCUACCCUCAGCCCAGAAUGGUAAGCCCAGUGGUGCCUACACUCCUCUCCCCAGGAGCUAGAGCGCCAGGCCUUGGCCAAACAUGUCCGGGCAGAGGCCCUAAGCUCCACCCUUCGGCUGGCCCAAGACGAGGCCCUUCGGGCCAAGAAUCUGCUGCUGACAGACAAGAUGAAGCCGGAGUGAGGAAGGAGGCAGAGGGCA